CCGUCCGGGCAGAAGAGGGUGGAGUCAAAGGGGAGGGGAGCGUGGGGUAUGAAAAGUUUGCACAAGUUUAGCCUCCACACCCAUUCCACCCAAGGACAUCAGACGAAUCUUUGCGCUGUCUCAGCAUCUACAGCGACGGACUUUCAACAUGGCUAUGGUAUCAGAGUUUCUUGGACAGCUCUCACUCAAUGAGACUACAGAAACCAAGUAUCCCACUGUAGUGCCUGCAGUGAACUUUGAUCCAGACAAAGAUGCUGCAAGAAUUGAAACUGCUAUCAAGACAAAAGGCGUGGAUGAGCAGACCAUCAUCGACAUCCUCACAAAGCGCACCUAUUCCCAGAGACGAGAUAUUGCGUUUGCAUAUGAGAGGAAGGCAAAGAAGGACAUGAUCUCGGCUCUGAAGGGGGCGCUGUCGGGCUCACUGGAGAGUGUGAUCCUUGGACUGAUGAAGAGCACGGCCCAGUUUGAUGCCACAGAGAUCAAAGGGUCAAUGAAGGGCUUAGGAACAGAUGAAGAAACUCUGAUUGAGCUUUUAUGCUCACGGAGCGACUCUGAGCUGGUGCAGAUCAAAUCUGUCUACAAAGAAUUGUUUAAAAAGGAGCUUCACAAAGACGUUGCAGGCGACACAUCAGGGAACUUUUGCAAACUUCUCUUAGCUCUUGUGCAGACCAAGAGAGAUGAGCCGACUUCUGUUGUAGACUAUGGGAAAAUAGAUGAGGAUGCCAGGGCUCUUUAUGAAGCUGGAGUGAAGAUAAAGGGAACUGAUGUGGCCACAUGGAUCUCCAUUAUGUCAGAGAGAAGCGUCCCCCACCUGCAAAAAGUGUUCCAGAAGUACAAAAGCUACAGCCCCUACGACAUGCAGGAGAGCAUUGUGAAGGAAGUUAAGGGCGAUUUGCAGAAGUCCUUCCUGGUGUUAGUUCAGUGCGUAGAAAACAAGCAGCUGUACUUUGCCAAAAAGCUGAAUGAAGCCAUGAAGAGUUCAGGAGCCAAAGAAAAGAUAGUAACAAGAAUUAUUGUGUCGCGCUGUGAAGUGGACCUGAAGAAGAUCUGCUCUGAAUUCAAGACCGCUUUCGGGAAGUCUCUGCAAGAAACGAUUGAAGGUCAUACCAAAGGAGACUACCAGAAGGCACUGCUCAGUCUCUGUGGACCGGCCGCAUGAACCUUUCUCACCUCCAGCAGAGAACUGUAGGAGCUGUUUCUCCUGGAAACAACAGAAAACAGAAUCAAAACUAUCGAAGGAUCUUCGUUCUGUAGUUUUUUGUUAAAAGAAACAAAGAAAUGGAAUUUGUUGUAUUUUCCUUUUUUCUAAUCCAGAUUUAACACAGGAUAAAAUCAUAGAAUCACUUUGUCAUAAACUCCUGUUGUUAGAUUAAA